UGUGGCGUGUUCAAAUUGAAAUUAUAAGCAUAAAAUUGUUACGAUUGCAACUUUGCUUUAACUUAUAUGAUUUUUAACACUUAAUUGUAGAAUUCGUCUAUAAAAUAUUAAUAAAAGUUUAAAAUGAGUCGGCAAGUGGACAUAAAAGCUUUAGUUUCACACGUAGUACGAGGAGAUGGCAUAAAUAAAUGCAGAAUUUGUAUGGGAGACACGUCGGAAGGCCAGGUUUUUCUUGGCGAUACAGUAUUGAUGGACGGAGAUCAACCUGUAACUUUAUCAGAGCUGCUGGAGACAAUAACAGGAGUUCAGAUGCCGAUCAAUGAGGACUUACCUGUCAACCUGUGCUCAUUAUGCUCCAUGUCCGCGCUAAACGCAGCCGACUUCCGCACGACAUGCAGGCGCGCUGCCCACAAAUGGGAGACAGUUGUACAAUUGCUGGCCAACCUUCCACAACAUGCAAAUGAUAAGUCUCUAUUUGCCCUAGUAGAAGAAAACCAAAUGGUCCUUCUAACCGAUUGCGAUAGUAUUCAAUCAACUAAAACAGCAGCUUAUAGACUUACUAGAAAGAUGAGACCAUCAGAAAAUACUGAUGUUGUAAAAACACAUCCAAAAUAUCGUUACCAAUGUCCUGAUUGUGGCAAACAGUUUGGAUACGUCCAUCAGUUGUACCGACAUUUAAAGGAAUCUACAGAUUUUAAACGAGCAUGUUACAUUUGUGCGAAAAUUAUGAGUCGAGAUGAAUUGGUAAUACAUUUAAAAGAGCAACACAAUCGAAAACCCUACGACUGCAAAAAGUGUCCCGCCUUGUUGCCCUCGCACAGUCAAUAUGUCCAACAUUUACGUCAGGCACAUUCGCAAGGUUCUUGCACUUGUGGCGACUGCGGACGAAGUUUUAAAACUUCUAACAGUUUCCGAGCUCAUCUCUCUAUACAUACCAUAAAGUCAUGUCCGAGCUGCGACAAAGUAUUCCGUAAUCAAACGUGCUAUUUGUAUCAUGUCAAAAAGUGCUGUAAUUUAGAUGCAAUGAAGAAACACAAGGGUAUGUUAGAAGUGAAGAAUAAAUGGAGCGAUAAAAAAGUUAAAGUCGGUUUGCGGGGAAGGAUUGAAAAGGAAUGUAUUUGUGAUUAUUGUAAGAAAAAGUUUGCGGGCAAAAAGUUUAUAUCGGCCCAUAUACAGAUCGUCCAUAUGAAGAACACACACAGCCCAUGCGUUUAUUGCGGGAAGUUUCUCGCUGCUGCUCAUAUGUCGGAACACGUUAAAAAGCAUCAGGAUUUGACGUUUAAAUGUGACCAUUGCGGUAUAAUUUUAAGGACUAAACUGGGUUAUAGCCAGCAUUUGCGGUUGCACAGCGGAGAGAAGCCUUAUCCAUGUCAAUACUGCAAGGAAUCUUUUUCUGCGUCAUCGAGACGUUCGGAACACAUACGGAAAGUGCACAAGAGCUCUGAUAUCGUGUUGAAACACGAAUGUGGCAAAUGUUCAGCAAAGUUCCGACUACCCUACAUGCUAAAGAAGCAUAUGUCAGUGCACAGCAGUGAAAGACAAGCACAGUUUGAAUGCUGUGUUUGUCACGAGAAGUUCAAUACCUGUUCGACACUACUGAAGCACUGUAGGGUACAUAAGAAAAAUACAUAAAAUAUCUAUGUUACAAAAGUAUAUAAAAUUUGACGUGUGCAUGUACAUGGCUGCGUAUUACAUAUUUUGGACGAGUUUCAGGAGGCGAAGAGUUUGCCGCGCGGCGUCUGUUCCUCAUGCACACAUAUGGCGCUUGCGGCGGCUCAUUUUCGUAGUAUCUGUCAUGAGUCUGCCAACCAGUGGACAAAAGCUACGUCUAUCCUCAAUUCUAUAUCUACUUUACCAGAAGAGAAAACUUUCUUCUUGCUUUAUAAUAAAGAUGUUAUACUCAAAGAAAAUAUUAAAAUAUCGUCCAAAUUACACGCUGUCAGUAUACUGAAUAAUGUACACCAUGAACCUAUAUUCAAGAUCACUCAGCGCCAGAAAUCGUUUACGAAAGACACACCCUGGGAAUGUCAAUAUUGUGGCAAGAAGUUUCGACUAUUAAACUCACUGAAUAUACAUCUGAGGAUGACUACGAACAGAGUAUGCAUUCAUUGCGGUGUUGUUGUCAAGAAGAAAAACUUGCAUCAUCAUUUAGAAAGAGAACACAAUAUACAUUUAUUUCACUGCACAACAUGUCACAAUUUAUUUAAAAGGGAAUCAGAAUUGGAAAAACAUAUGCAAACAGCACAUAGCGUAAUGUCAUAUUCCUGUCCUGUGUGUAAGAAAGGUUUUGUGAAAGAGAGAGCGUUGAGAUCACACAAGUUCGCACAUACUCUGUUUAAUUGUCUCUCAUGCAACAGUAGCUUUGAAAACAUGAGAUGUUAUAGAUACCACGCCGGUCAUUGCAAAGGGUCGAAGUCUCCUCCCGAUUCGUUAUACAAAUGCGAUUAUUGCGGAUAUCAAUACGUGAACAAGGAUUCUCUCAGAAGUCACAUACAGAACAAACAUUUGAAGGUAUUACAAUUCGUGUGCCAAAUGUGUGGCAAGAGAAGUGCCACUCUUGCUCACCACAAGGCGCAUGAAGUCAUCCACAUGACUGAAAGGAUAGUUUUUAAAUGUCAUUGUGGUGCUAAACUGACCACUCAGCUGGGUUUCAACUUGCAUCAAAGGAUACAUUCAGGUGAAAAGCCUUACGAAUGUAAGAAAUGCGGUGAAAGGUUCCUAUCCGCUUCCAGACGCUUGGAUCACAUGAAGAGGCGACAUAUGAAGACGGAAGAUAUGCCUCAUAAAUGUAGGGAAUGCUCGGCUAAGUUUAUAAGAGAAGACGCUUUCUGCCCUCGAGGUAUCUGCGUGUCUUGUACGGACGCAGGCAUCAACGCUUACGAGUUUCGAAUCCUAACGAAGAAUUCCCACAAAGUGUGGUCCAACUGUGUAAACGAUCUGAACACAGCUAUAAAUAGUGGAAAACCACCUAAUUCCUUGUAUACCGUAAUGAGGGAGGACCUUUCAGUUCUAUCGGUCAACAACAGCUUUAACGGUGACUCAAAAUCACUCCUGAAUCAUCUCAUCAAUCGUGUAUCUAAGAAGAAAAAUAUCGAAGUGGAAAAAAAACCGAGAGCCGCACGCUCGGGCCCGCCUUGCAAGUGCACAGACUGCGGAAAACUAUUCAAUAGCCCGUACUAUCUUACUUUGCACUUAAAGAACAGUGGCCAGAAAGAAGCAUGCGCUUUAUGCGGUACUAUGGUGUUUAGAGGUUUGGAAAUGAAGGAACAUCUUCAAGCGGCCCACGGAAAGGAAGUUCACAUGUGUUCCGAUUGUCCGAUGCUUUUCUCUACCGAUUACGAACUGAAGCAACAUACGAAAAGAGCUCACAGGCCAGGCGCUUUGACAUGCUUUGAUUGCGGGAGAACGUUCCCGAGAAACGCAUCUUUUGAGGUCCAUGCACAGAUGCACGCAGUUAGGACGUGCAGGGCUUGUGGUGCACAAUUCACAAAUAGAGCGUGCUACAGGGAACACCGUUCGAAUUGCGAGCCCGGAGCGAAACCAGACACCAAAAAUGUACCUAGAAGUCGACGCUCGAACAUUCGGGAUCCCGCAACGUUCAUAUGUGAUUAUUGUGGCAAGACCUACUUAUCUAGACCUCAGCUCAAGAACCAUAUAGUUUGGAUCCACAUGGAUAUAAGACCUCAUCAGUGUCAAUGGUGCGGAAAGAGGUUUUAUACUCCGACCAGAUUGGCGGAGCAUAGUGUUGUUCACACGCGGGAAAGGAACUUCGAAUGUGACAUUUGUGGUGCGAAACUCGUUUCCAAGAUGGCGGCGGUGUACCAUAGACGUCGGCAUACGGGGGAAAAGCCGUACGAGUGUCAAUCGUGCGGGGAAAAGUUCAUAUCUUCUUCGCGGAGAUCAGAGCACGCUAAGCGUCGGCAUGGGGUAGGGUCGAAGUUGCAAUGUAUGGACUGUCCCGCCACCUUUGUGAGAAUUCAUGAGUUGAAAAAACAUAUUGCUAAAGUGCAUGGAACUCAAAACUCUGAUUUAACAAUAACUGCUCGAAGAUAGCAUUGCUAUGUAAAAUGGUGUUUCAUUGUAUAUUUUUAAUGAAUUUCUAUAUUUACAAAGAAACUAGUGAUAUCAUAAUAUUAUUACUAUAUUUGUAAUGAAUUGCAGGAAUAGUUUUGCUUGUGAGAUAUACAACUAAUUAAUAAUGUUCUAAAAUUAUUUAAAAAACACUUUAAAUAUUCAGUGCGCCUUAUUUUUAAUAACUUAGCCAAUAAUUCAAUGCUUAGACUUGUAGCGAGCAAUAUUUGCAUUUAAACAAUAUAAUAGAAUUAUAUUUUGUGUAUUACAUUAAUUUUUAUUAAUAAUAAUUUCAACUUCGUUAUUAAUCGUCAGCUCAAAUAUGUCUUUACUGAGGGGUUCAGAGCCAACUUUAUAUUAGGUGUGACUAGGCUUUAGUCAACCACGCUACCUCAAUGCGAGUUGAUUAUGAGCGAAUUAUAACUUUUAUUAGCUAAUUAUAUUAGUAUUUACUUUAGUUUGUACUUUCGCAAUUUAUUUGUUUUAAAACACACUAAAUGACCAUAUUUACCUUAGGUUUUUGAGAAUCAAAAUCUUUUUAUAAAACAAAUGGCCAUUCCUGUCAUCUUUGACAAAACUGUAAAAAAUUG